AUGGCGGCUAGAGGGGCACCUUCAGAGCUGAAAGACUUCCAGAUUAGCUGCUCUUGGAUCCCCACAGCCCCCGCUAUGCCCAAUUCAACCUCACAGCACCCGAUCUGCAAAAAUUGGCAACCCAACGAGCCAGCUCAGUCAAAUUGGGCCUGGUCAGGCCAAUUCAGUCAAUUUGGCCCGGCUUCCCGAGCGAAUUUGCAUGAAGCUGGAAAUUUAUCAACAGAUUACGCGCAAAUGACACAAUGCCAGACAACACAGUCGUGUUACAUACCAAUGGGUCAAUGUACAGAUCCGAUUGGCAAAAGCAGAUAUCCUAGUAUAUUGAAGCUAUUCUCGUCCUCGUUCACCUCGUACAAUUUCCGGCGAAAUUUUCACAUGUAA